AUGUCAGGCGGCGAGCACGGCGAUCAGAAUGUGCUGUUACAGCGUCCCGUUUCAUCGGCGGCGGCGGCGUCAGAGAAAGAAGGUGAUUUGGAGGCCCAGUCAUCGCCCAGGACUCCCAACAAAGGCGCUACAGAUCUGGUUAAGCGCUUGGAUCGAAACUUUUCUGGUCGCAAAUCUCCGGCGAGUGUAAAACGGCCGAAUAGAGAGCACUCCUCUCCCUCCUCUUGUUCACCGUUGAGUCGCAGAGCCGAAGCCAGUGGCGGCUUUUGUAAUGAUGCCGGAGAGGAUGAAGUCCUUGGAGAUAGCGCGCCGCCGGAGUGGGCUCUGCUGCUAGUCGGAUGUCUCCUUGGCCUCGCUACUGGCCUUUGUGUCGCCGUGUUUAACCGCGGGGUUCAUGUAAUACAUGAAUGGGCAUGGGCUGGAACUCCAAAUGAGGGUGCUGCAUGGCUCCGUUUGCAAAGGCUAGCAGACACGUGGCACCGGAUACUUCUGAUACCGGUGUUUGGUGGAGUUAUUGUUGGCAUGCUGCAUGGUCUCCUGGGGAUUUUGGAUCAGAUCAGACAGUCCACUAGUCCUUCUCAUCAGGGCCAAGGCUUUGAUAUGUUUGCUGGGAUCUUCCCUACAGUGAAGGCAAUACAGGCUGCUACAACUUUGGGUACUGGUUGCUCUUUAGGUCCUGAAGGCCCUAGUGUAGAUAUUGGAAAAUCAUGUGGCCAUGCAUGCUCUGUCAUGAUGGAAAGCAAUCGUGAAAGGCGAAUAGCUCUUGUUGCAGCUGGUGCAGCUGCUGGGAUUGCUUCAGGUUUCAAUGCAGCAGUUGCAGGCUGUUUCUUUGCAAUCGAAACUGUUUUAAGACCACUGCAAGCAGAAAACUGUCCUCCAUUUACCACUGCAAUUAUUAUACUGGCUUCUGUAAUUUCAUCAACUGUAUCAAAUGCUGUUCUUGGAGAAAAACAGGCUUUCACAGUGCCCACGUAUGAUUUGAAAUCUGCUGCGGAGCUGCCUUUGUAUCUGAUUCUGGGAAUGCUAUGUGGAGUAGUAAGUGUGGCUUUCACUUUUCUGGUUGACUGGUUCAGUAAUGCUUUUCAGUUCAUCAAGGAAAAUCUUGGAGUUCCUGAUGUUGUCUGUCCUGCUUUGGGAGGUUUAGGAGCCGGAAUAAUAGCUCUUAAAUAUCCUGGAGUACUUUAUUGGGGAUUCACUAAUGUCGAUGAAAUUCUGCAUACUGGGAAGACUGCUUCAGCACCCGGGAUCUGGUUGCUAGUUCAAUUGUCUGCUGCAAAAGUUGUGGCCACCGCUUUGUGCAAAGGGUCUGGUCUCGUUGGGGGUCUUUAUGCACCUAGUUUAAUGAUUGGUGCUGCUGUUGGUGCCGUGUUUGGAGGCUUGUCCGGGGAGUUGAUUGAUUCUACCAUUCCAGGGAAUGCUGCAAUUGCCCAGUCACAGGCAUAUGCACUGGUGGGAAUGGCUGCUACACUAGCCUCGGUUUGUUCAGUGCCUUUAACUUCAGUUCUACUUUUGUUUGAGUUGACGAAAGAUUACAGAAUCUUGCUUCCUCUCAUGGGGGCUGUUGGAUUGGCAAUAUGGGUGCCUUCAGUGGCAAACCAGCCAAAGGUGAUGGAGGGAUCUGCUGCAAAUAACUUGUCAAGAGACUAUAACAUUCUUUCACCCUUUGAAACAAAAAAUGGUGCAAGUAUUUGGGGCGAUACUGCAGAAAGAAAUGACCUUUUAGAGCUUCCCAUUACUGGAAACUUCGACAAUCUCGAAACAAUUGAUGAAGAAGUGAUUCUGGAGAAUCUAAAGGUUUCUCAGGCUACGUCUAGUGACUAUCUGGCGCUGUCCUUGAGCCAGACAGUGAAAGAAGCUUUGAGUCGUAUGCUUGACACUCAACAACAUUGUGCCCUCGUGGUUGAUAACGAAGGUUAUCUGGAAGGAAUUUUAACAUAUAGUGACAUUAAACGGAGAUUCUUCAAGAACCCUGCAGAUUCUUCUACAAACAGAGAUAUGUUGCAUGCAGAUGCAAGUACCUCCCUUGUUUCCUCCAUUUGCACGAGAGGGAUAAGCUAUCGCGGGAGAGAAUGUGGUCUUCUCACGUGUUAUCCAGACACAGACCUGGCAACUGCGAAGCAACUAAUGGAGGCUAAAGGAAUCAAACAGUUGCCUGUGAUUAAGCGCAGCAGAGAAAUUCAAACAGAACGAAAACGCGUAAUUGUUGCUAUCCUGCAUUAUGAUUCAAUUGCAGACUCAGUCAGGAGAGAGAUCAAUCGCUUGAAAUCGAUCUAUCAGCAGAGAAAAGAAGAGAAUUCCAAUCAGAUGGCUGCAAAUGGCCACUGACAACAUAAGACCAAUUCAAAAACCAGAAAACAAACUUCAAGAGUUCGUUUAUUUUUUUAAAUUCUGGCCCUUUGUCCUUUCUGCAAAAUGUAAUAUGGCCUCAUGGGCUGCCUCCUAAACUGGGGAGUAUUUUGCUCAUUUCUUGUUGAGUUCUUACAUUGUAUUUUCUGUAUGUGUAAUAGGCUUUAACAGUAGCAAAUUUUCAAAAAUU